AUGCACCCGUUUCAGUGGUGUAACCGGUGCUUCUGUGGUCUGGGCCUGGUCUACUCCGACAAGUCGUGCACCAUGCCUCCCAUAACCUUCCAGGACCUGCCCCUCAACAUCUACAUGGUCAUCUUUGGAACAGGCAUCUUUGUCUUCAUCCUCAGCCUCAUCUUCUGCUGCUACUUCAUCAGUAAACUACGACACCAAGCCCAGGGUGAGAGGUUUGGCUACAGAGAGGUUGUUUUAAAAGGAGAUCCUAAGAAGUUGAAUCUCCAUGGGCAGACGUGUGCUGUCUGCCUGGAAGACUUCAAAGUCAAAGACGAGCUGGGUGUGUUGCCAUGCCAACAUGCCUUUCACAGGAAGUGUCUGGUGAAAUGGCUGGAGGUGCGCUGUGUGUGCCCCAUGUGUAACAAACUUAUCGCAGGACCCCCAGAACAGCGCCACAGCAUAGGAACACUACUGGACGAACUGGUGUAACCAUAGCAUCCAGCACGGAGGGGGCUCUGCAAGCCGAUGUAACCUAGCUCUAACAGGAAGAGAACACUGUUAUCUGGUGUAACCUAGCAACCAACAGAAAGUGGACGCUGUUAUCUGGUGUAUCCUAGAAACCAUCCACAGAUUACUGUGAAAUGGUGUAACCUAGCUACCACCUGGAGAGGACUAUAAGAACUGCUGUUACCUAGCAACCAACACAGAGCUGCAGACAGGAGUCUACACCACACUCUGUCUAAUCUUGUUCCCAGACACUUCCGCCUUAAUGCACGAAGAGUCUGGUGGACCAAAGCAUCAAACUUGGCUUUUGUUAGCAAAUAGAAAGGCCAGGAGAAACUCCUAGCGCAUAGGCAUUGGCUUAAUCUACCAACCAAUCAUCUCCCACAGCACCUUCCACCUAACCCUCUCUCGUACGUGUCUUCCAUACGUGUCUUGCCUCCAUUUGGAGUCACGCCACGCAGUCGUGUGAUUCGCUCAAAUUAAAUGAUGACUAAUACUUUACUCAGUAUGGUCACUCCUAUAGAAUUCUAUGGUCACUCCCACUAAGGCCAACUUUGAAUCAUUGGUAUCCCAGGCUUAUUUGUGCUGUGUGCAAUAGCAUGGGGACGAGGUUUUACACUCUGUCUGACAGAAUAUCUCCAUACCCACAUGUCACUCUUUCUUUCUCUUUGUCUCUGACUGUCUAACUCUUCCUCUGUCUCGCUUUCCCCUUUCCUCUCACUCACCCUCUCUCCGCUCUUGUCUUUCUGCCACUCUCUGUCUUUCUUUCUCCCUCUCUUCUGUUGUCCUAUUGCUCUUUCUCAACCUUCUCUCUUUCCGUCUCUUUCUCUCCCUUACUGCCUCAGAGUUGCACGCUAGUUCCAAAGUCAGAAAGAGGGAAAACCUCCAGACUCUCCAGUUGGGAGAGCGGAGGAACAGGCCGGUUGACAUCAACGUGUGAAGACGAGUGGCACUAUCAGAACCAUGGGGUUGAGAAAACACACAGGGAUGUUCUACCGGCAUGUUGUGUGUGUUCUAUGUCACACAGAGGAGUCUGUUUGGAUCACUUGUUAUAGUUCUUGUUCAUAACAUAUGUAUACCAUGUUUGUUUUCUAUUGUUGUACAUGGCUCAAGGGAAUGUGAAUAAUGUACAUGACCCUCUCACAAUUUCUUUUUUGGUUUAAUGACAGAAACGUGUUAUUUUUUCAGAAUGUAGACGUUGAUGUUUUGCACUCUAACACUCUGACAAGUUUUUAGGAAACCUAUUACCAUUCUACAGUACAGCAAAUGUAGUUAAAGACUAUUCUCAACAACAUAUUUGUGGCGCGCAGGUGGUUUGGUGAACCAUGCGCACAUGUUUUAGAACCACCUGAAGACUUGUUUUAGCUCCCAGCAUUAACACCUAGGCUUUAGCUCUGUAGUCUAUUGUGGACCUGAGAUAUGCAGACAGCCUGGUUUUGACACCUAGCCAAUCACAUGGAUGGAUUGAGACAUCUAAGAAAUCAAAGGCACUACAUCUGCUGUUUUCUUUCGUAUUACUGGUGUAGUAAAGCUGUAACGUGACUUUCAUAAAGCAAAGGGUUCUUCACAUUUCAGUAGAGUUUAGAGAGUUUCACUGUUUUUGUGUGAUUCUAUCUCAAGAAUAACUCAGUCACAUGGAAUACAUUGUAUACUUUUUGAAUAAUAUGUUUUUACAUUUCUUGACGGUGGCGUUCAAUGGCUCCUUUUCACACAUUUCUGUGGAGUAAUCUGUAUUUUAAAACGGUUUUACCAGUUGAACACAGACCAAGUAAGCACUGCCUAUAUUGAGCACAAAAGCACAUUAACACUCCCCUAUAGUCUCUGUAUUAAGAAUGGACUGAAUGAGUCAUCGCUUUGUUUGAUUGCACUUAUGUAAUGUGUGACUGUGCCACUGAAGUACAGCACAGUAUUGACCAUGGGAUGAAGACAAUUAUAAACCCGGGUAGAGUUUAUAGAGUUUGAUUCCUGGAUGCUGAUUGGCUGAAACAGUAUUUCAGCCAUGUGUAUAUCAGACAAUAUGCCACGGGUAUGACGCAAAAAUAAUUGUUUACUCUUCUAAUUAUGUUGGUAACCAGUUAUUAAUAGCAGUUACUGCCAAAGUCUGUUUGGGAUAUUACAACAAGAAACACUUUUUUUCCCCUCUCAGACAUUGCACGCACGUUAGAACAGCAGAAUAUGUGCUGCAAAAAAAUGUUGCACUCUGUUCGAAGCUCUCACCUCCGUUUCAUCCACAAAACAAAAACAAUAACAAAGGUGCCGGGGCGAACAGUGGCGCUGUUUCCCUGAUGCGGAUUCCAUCUUUAAAUAUAGCACCCCCUACAGCACCUACAGAGAUUUGCUUUUUUCCCACACCAGCCACAUUCCACGUUUUUGGUGUGCAUCAAUAAAUAUGACUUUAAUAAAUGGAGGGGUUUCCCCUUCAUCUCAGUUUGUU